AUGAAUACACCUUCAGGAGUCUCAAGGAAUGGAGUUAAGUUAAGAAGAUUCUACAGCGAGCUGUCGUUUUGUGUGCACGGCUUUCCAUUAUUAUGUAAUAAAUUUUUCAAAUCCAAUUUACUUGUGAGAAUAGCGAAGAGAAUUCUCUUAUUCAUUCAUUUUAGAGGGCAAAGUAAGAUAAGAGAAAAUUUGUGCAAUUGGCACAAAGAAGCAGAUGAUGAAGAGAAGAAGGAAGACGAAGGAGAAAUGAGCAUCAUUACGUCAGCAGUGCAAAGUAUUGCGUGCAGAAGUAUACGAAUGACAUCAAAUACAGAUUCUCUCAGCUUGACGAUGAAAAUGCAUAACAGUGGGUUGGUUUGGAUACAGAGGGAUAAAGAUUGA